AUCGCAGGUCAUGAGCGCCCUGUCCUUCAGUCUGACAGCAAACGCACCAAACCAAUGUGAAUAGCUGGCAUUUAACUAAAGCCGCCGCCCCCUUUUCCUCCCUCUCCGUUGGUUUCAGUUUUUUCGAUUGACUGCGACAGCUGCCAAUGUGUUGUUCAUCUUCUUGAAAUUGGGACGAAACCGUAGGCAUGCCGCUGGCUCGCAGCCUCUCUGUCACGUCCCUGUCAGGACUGGAGGAGUGGGACGAGGAGUUUGAUUUGGAGGACGCUGUUCUUUUUGAAAUUGCAUGGGAGGUUGCUAACAAAGUUGGAGGUAUCUACACUGUCCUCCAGACCAAAGCCCGUCUGACCGCAGAGGAAUGGGGGGAGAACUAUUUCCUCGUGGGUCCCUAUGUGGAGAGCAACGUGCGCACUCAGGUGGAGCUGAUCGAGCCCACCAACCCGGCGCUGAAGAGAACCAUUGACAAGAUGAACUCCAGUGGGUGCAAGGUCUACUUUGGGCGGUGGCUUAUCGAGGGCAGUCCCUAUGUUAUUCUGAUUGAUGUCGCAUUCACCGCCUGGUCUCUGGACAGCUGGAAGAGCGAGUUGUGGGAUCUUUGUGACAUCGGCGUGCCGUGGUUCGACCGCGAGGCCAACGAUGCCGUGCUGUUUGGCUUCCUGACUGCCUGGCUUCUGGGAGAGUUCGCAGCCCAGAGUGAGCAGCCUUCACACAUCGUGGCCCAUUUCCAUGAAUGGUUGGCCGGCCUGGGCCUGGUGUUGUGUAGACAUAGACAGUUGUCCAUCGCAACCAUCUUCACCACUCACGCCACACUGCUGGGACGAUACCUGUGUGCUGGAAAUGUGGACUUCUAUAACAAACUUGCAGAGUUCAAUGUGGAUAAGGAAGCAGGCGAUAGACAGAUCUACCACCGCUACUGUUUGGAGCGGGCAGCUGCUCACUGUGCCCAUGUCUUCACCACUGUGUCACAGAUCACAGCCAUUGAGGCAGAGUUUCUGCUCAAGAGGAAACCAGACAUUGUUACUCCCAAUGGGCUCAAUGUGAAGAAGUUCUCAGCCGUGCACGAGUUUCAAAACCUCCACGCUCAGAGCAAGAAUCGUAUUCAGGAGUUCGUCAGGGGACACUUCUACGGGCACCUUGACUUCAACCUGGACAAGUGUUUGUUUCUCUUCAUUGCUGGAAGGUAUGAGUUCUCCAACAAAGGAGCCGACAUCUUUUUGGAAGCUUUGGCCAGACUCAACUAUCUACUGAGGGUCAAUCACAGUGACGUGACCGUUAUUGCAUUCUUCAUCAUGCCGGCUCGGACUAACAACUUCAAUGUGGAGACCUUGAAGGGCCAAGCAGUCAGGAAACAGCUCUGGGAUACUGCUCAGACUGUGAAGGAACGUUUCGGAAAGAAACUUUAUGAGUCACUACUAGUUGGGCAGCUGCCAGAUGUGUCAAAGAUAAUGGACAAAGAGGAUUUCACCUUAAUGAAGCGUGCCAUUUUUGCGACUCAGAGACAAUGCCAGCCUCCAGUCUGCACUCAUAACAUGCUGGAGGACAGCAAUGACCCCAUCCUUACCUCCGUUCGCCGUAUCGGCCUUUUCAACAGCUCUGCUGACCGUGUCAAGAUUAUCUUUCAUCCAGAGUUCCUUUCGUCCACCUCUCCUCUACUUCCAAUGGAUUAUGAGGAGUUUGUAAGAGGCUGCCACCUUGGCGUCUUCCCCUCUUACUACGAGCCUUGGGGCUACACACCAGCUGAGUGCACAGUCAUGGGAAUUCCAUCCAUCUCAACUAACCUGUCAGGAUUUGGCUGUUUCAUGGAGGAACACAUAGCAGACCCCUCAGCGUAUGGCAUUUACAUCCUGGACCGGCGGUAUCGGGGGGUGGACGAGUCGUGUAACCAGCUCACGUCCUUCCUGUUUCAGUUUUGCAAGCAGAGCCGGCGCCAGCGGAUCAUCCAGAGGAACCGUACUGAGCGUCUGAGCGACCUCUUGGACUGGAAAUACCUCGGCAGGUAUUAUAUAUCUGCCCGUCAUAUGGCCUUGGCUAAAGCCUUCCCCGACACCUACACGUAUGAACUUCAGGAGCCCACCUCAACCUCUGGUUUCCGUUACCCCCGGCCAGCCUCUGUGCCACCAUCUCCAUCUCUGUCCCGCCACUCCUCCCCCCACCACAGCGAGGCUGAGGACAACGAUGAAGAAGAACGCUAUGAUGAAGAUGUAGAGGCAGAAAAGGACCGGGUAAACAUCCGCCAGCCCUACACCCUGCCAUUCAAAAACAAGUCUUCUGCUGUACAUGGGGCUAAUGGAAACGGCGAUGACAAUGGAAACGGCGAGAAAGACUGAAACAGACACACACAUAUACAUACAGUACAUGCUAAACCUCACUAGUGAGAAAGUUUAUCACCAAUUGUUAAAGUGAUCCAUGUACUUUAUAAAUGAGUGCAUUUGUGUGAAUGGGAGUGAUAAAUGUAAUAUUGGCUUGUUGUGAAAAAUUGCAUCACUGUCUGUGUCUUCCCAACCUGUUCGUACCUCAGAUAUUGAGAAAUAUUUGUGAGUUUGAUAUGUUUUGGUAUUGUUUCAGUUACACCAGCAGUGCAACCAGUGGCUUGCUUUGUGGAAUAAAUGCAGCAGCUAGAAAGGGCUAAACAACAGCUCAACAUGGGAAACAAAUCAGGAUUGCUGGAUUUUGUAGUGUACUAACACUGGAUAACAUACUGUAGGUCUGAAGCAUUGGAAAAAAAUAAUAGAGGAUUAUUUUGAGUCUCUGGAGGGGUUUUUAUACUUAAAUUCAAAGGUGGGUCAGAGCAGGGAAAAUAACAUAACCAUCCUUUUUACCAGAGUCCGUCUGUCAUAUUUAAACAUUCAAAACUGUUUUCCUAGUUUCAAGAAAUGCUCAUGUAAAGACAGUGUGAAUACCCACAAAGAACACUUGUUCUUUUUAUUUGUGUUUGGCUUAAAAGUGUGAUGAUGAUGAUGAUGAUACAGUACUUCAAACUCAACUGUCCACCUUAUAGCAUCGUCUCCUUUCUUUCAAAUGCCUUGUUGACUACAAAACUUGAAGAAAGUAGAAUGGGGAAACCAUGUACAACAUACACACACACAUGCACAAGAAAUAGCAUCAGAAAACAAAAAAAGCAUAGUGUUGCGUGUGUUUUCAUUUUCUUUCUGCACCUUCUUGUAUUACAGACUUUCAGUGACGAUCACCAACACAAAUUUCGCACUCCUGUCUGUGUGUGUGUGCUUGUGUGAAUUAUUUCUGGGUUUGCCGGUUAUUUUUUUUAAGGUUAUAGAGAUGAGACAGACAGCAAAAAAGGGAACAGGUGAAGGACAUAGAGAGAUGGCUGGGAAAGAGCUAGACUUGACUUUUUGUCUGUAACCGAAGAUUGAAAUGAUUUUACCAGGCAUAUGCUCACUCUGCCUGUAAGAGUUUUAUCAUUUGUACAAUCUUGCACCAGAUUAACUAAUAAUAAAUAUAUAUAUACCUACAGUAUAA